CUGCACUGCAUACAAAAGUUCGACGGGAGCAGUAAAGUAAUUAUUUGUUUAAUCCAAUAAUUAUCGACUCCAAUCAAAUUGGCGGUCUUCUGGUUGUUUUUAAUGUCCCAGAACGUGCUAAAUUCGCUGAAUCAGUGAAUAACGGAGCGGCGCUGUCGUCCAAUUUGCAUCGCCGUGUUCUUCGUCAGUGUUUGUUGUCGUCUCCUCGUUCGUCCUUAAUUUUAUUUCGUCCUUGUGCAACAAGAAGAAGCAAAAGAACAGCCACAUCAAACAGGAGGAGGAUCACUGCAAUACACAGUUUCCAAAUGCUUUAAAAAUAUUCGGCAAUAUCUAAAUAUCUAGAAAAGUAAGACAAGCAGCGAAUCAGCAACAACAAUCGAAAACACCAAACAAAAACCAAAAAACUAAGAUAAGCCGAAAGCCGAAGGAGGCUCGCAAAUUUGUUUACAAAUUUGCAAUACAUUUUAAGUAAGCGGAGGAGAAGAAGGGGUGUUUGUUGCGCAUCAGUGUGUGUGUGUGUGCGUGCGCGUGGAUUGUAUAGGUCCUUCGCUCAUUUUUACCCCGACGAAACGAACUAUUGUUGGCCUUUUCUUGCGGCAAUAGAAGGGACCUCAAUUGGAAUGGCCCUCGUGGGAGAGCGGAGGGACAUUAGGGAGCAGCAGAAGUAGCAGCAGCAGCAGCAGCAGCAGCAGGAUUAGGAUCAGGAAUAGGAUCAGGAAUAGGAUCAGCAGCAAAUGCAAGCAAGCGCAAAGGACUAGAAAAGCAAGCAGCGACCAGAAUUUAGGAGCCAGGAAAUACGGAAUUGCAAUCAGGAAACAGGAACGGGAACGGGAAAAGCAGCCCAAAAACAAUAAAACAAAAGGAAUCCAUUGAAUCGACAAAAGACAAGAACUUGUUGUAUCAGAGCAGCGCCAAAAGAAAGGACAAUGACUACUUUGGAGGAGCCUGUCCAGGCGGCGGACACGGUCGAUCCGUGUCCUCCGGGGAUUCCCAAUCUGAAAACCGUUCUCAGCGACGAUGCCUCGAACUCAUCGGUGCUGGAGGACAUCGAUGUGAGCAAUACGAGCAGCAGUAGCUCCAGUUCUAGCAGCUCUAGCUCCAGCUCUGGUUCCUGCUCGGGAUCGGGCACCGAUACGGACACCGGCAAGGGUAGCAGCAAUGUCGGCAGUCUGGAUGUGACUAGCUCAUCGAGCAUUGGUUCAGAGACUUCCAUCUCAUCGACGGGCUCCACAGCCAUUGCAGGACCAUCCACUUUGCUAGACGAUUCGAACUCAUCCGGACUGGGCCUGGUGGUGGAUGUGGAUAGCAACGGGAGCAGCCAGGAGCUGAGCAGCCACGGCGUCACCGAGCUGGACUCGCUGGAGGACUCGUGCAGCGGCCUAAUGAUCAAGGAUGGGGAUAAGCUAUGCAAGCUGUGCAGCUUACGCCUCGUGAUGCCGCGCAUCUUGUCUUGCCUCCACGUAUUCUGUGAGGACUGCCUGCAGGCAGUGGUAUCGAAGGACACGAUGUCGGCCAGCUCGCCCAACAGCUGCUCCUCGUCGUCGUUCGAUGGCAGCGAGCACCAGAACCGUUUGUCCGCUGUGUUCAUCGAAUGCCCCGUGUGCAAGCAGGAGACACCGCUGGGACCCAAGGGUAUCAAGGCACUACCCUGCGACUAUAUCGUGACCAAUAUACUGGACCUCUCCAAUUUGGAGUCCGAGCACAUUGUGUGCACAUCGUGCAAGAGCAAAGAGGAGGCCAUUUCGCGUUGCAACGACUGCGCCAACUUUCUUUGCAAUGGCUGCGAUAACGCCCAUAAGUAUAUGCGUUGCUUCGAAAAUCACCAUGUUGUGCGCAUCGAGGAUCUGACCAAGAACGUCCACGACAAGCUGAUCAUCCAUAAGCCAGUGUUCUGCCCACAGCACGUAAGCGAGAAUCUCAAGUACUAUUGCUUCACCUGCCAGGUGCCCACGUGCAAUGAUUGCCUGCUGAGCGAUCACAAGGGCAGCGAUCAUCAUUAUGAGACGGCCACGGUGGCGGAGCAGGCGGUUCGAGCCGAUCUCGAGGAAACACUGAGUGAUACGCUCAAGAAGGCCGACUACUGCAACGAUGCGGGUAGCAAUCUGGGCAGUGCCCUCACUGAACUCCAGUCACAGCACGAUACUGUGCGGCAGCAAAUCGAGGAUGCCUACAAGUGCUACAAGCGUAUGCUAGAAUCGAUCAAGGAUCAGAUGCUUAACGAGCUGGGACGCUUGCACUCGGAUCGCGAGCUAAAGAUCAUGGAUCUGAUGCAGAGCAUGGAGAAUACUAUGGGCAAGCUGCAGCACGCUGCCCAGUUUGGCCAGCGGGCUGUCGAUAAGGCCAAUUCCAUAGAGUUUCUGCUGCUGAAGCCCAUCAUCAGUGCCCAGUGCUUGAAUCUCAUGGAGCAGACGCCCAAGUGCGAUAUCAACUAUCAGCUGCAAUUUGACUCGAAGCCAGAGAUGUUCGAGCAAUUCGCCAGGGAGAUGUUUGGCAAAUUUCAAACGGAUCACAUUGACUCUAGUCCCAAGAAGCUGGGGAUGACCCAGCAGCUGCAACAGCAACAGCAGCAGCAGCAGCAGUUGCAACAGCAACAACAUCAGCACCAGCACCAAGUGCAACAACAACAGCAUCAUCAUCAGCAGCAGCAGCAGCAGAAACAGCAGGUGCAGCAUCAACAGCAGCAGCAAAAGCUGCAGUUGCAGCAACAACAGCAGCAUCAACACAACUCAAACAAUUUGAUUGUCGGCCAUCGUGGCAGCUCCUCUGUCCAAGGGCGCCUGACCUCAGCUGUAUUUAGCCCCAUCUCGCUGCCCUCCUCGCUGCAGAGUUCCUUCGAUGGCGACACCAACUCGGUGAUGAGCAAUUUCUCCAUGAUGGACUCGCCGCCGCAGCCAUCAUCGCAACAGCAAUUGCCAUCUGCCCAGCAGCAGUCUCAGCAGCAGCAGCAGCAACAGCAGCAGCAACAGGCGGUGGUGCUGCAGCAGGUGCAACAGCAGCAGAAGCACCAGCAACACCAAGUGCAGCAGCAGCAACAGCAACAGGUGCUGCAUCAGCCAACAUCGGCCCAGUCCAUGCCGCAGCAGUUGGGUCAGCUCGUUGCACCGCAGGGAAUUGUCCAGCAGGCUGGACAUGUCAAUCUCAACGCUGGUCCCGGUCCGAAUAUAUCCAUCAAUGGACUGGGCGCCGGUGGUCCGCCACCUAGUUUUAGCAUGCUGGAGUACAACAUCUCACGACUGGCCAGCUUGACGGAAACAAUGCCAGACACCCUCAACGAUGCACUGGCUGUUGGUGGAGGAGCAGCCGGACCCGUUCCGAAUGUUGUGGCCCAAGUGCCUGGUGGUUCGGCCGUGACUGGUGCAGCCGUAGUGGGAGCAUCGCAUGCGCAUCAGCAGCAAUCGCAGGCCGUAAUGCCGGCAUCGGCGGUCACUCCAACGCAGCCAAUUACCUUGGCUGACAUCCUAUCGGGCGACCAGCGGGCGCUUAAUAAUCUCCAGGCGCUGGCCAAGCUGGGACUCAACAACAAUGAUGAUGGGCUUUUGUUGAACGGAUCCUCAACGGAAAUUGAUUUUUUGUCAGAUUUCUGCAUGCCACCGGCUACAUCGCCCAGCCUGCAGUCCCUCAAUCCAAUCGUUGGUGGCGUGGAGGACAUGGGACUCAAUAACUUCCAUGCCGUGGCUGCGCCAGGCACCACCAGUGUGGUCACCGGCCGGAACAAGGCCACUCCGAUGCAGAUCCGUUGCAAAUUCGGUUCACUGGGCACCGCCAAGGGUCAGUUUAAUUCACCACAUGGAUUUUGCCUGGGCGUCGACGAGGAGAUCAUCGUGGCGGACACGAACAACCAUCGCAUCGAGGUCUUCGACAAGAUGGGUGCCCUCAAGUUCCAGUUCGGUGUGGCCGGCAAGGAGGAGGGCCAGCUCUGGUAUCCGCGCAAGGUGGCCGUGAUGCAUAACAAUGGCAAAUUUGUGGUCUGCGAUCGUGGAAACGAACGUUCUCGCAUGCAAAUCUUUUCCAAGUGCGGACACUUUAUGCGCAAGAUAGCUAUUAGAUACAUUGAUAUCGUGGCUGGCUUGGCUGUCACAGCUAAGGGUCACAUUGUGGCCGUGGAUAGCGUGUCGCCCACCGUCUUUGUGAUCUCCGAGGAGGGAGAAUUGGUUCGCUGGUUCGACUGCAGCGACUAUAUGCGCGAGCCCUCCGACAUCGCUAUACGAGACAACGAUUUUUACGUGUGCGACUUCAAAGGCCAUUGCGUGGCCGUUUUCCAGGACGACGGCACAUUCCUCUAUCGCAUUGGCAACGAGAAGGUCACUUGCUUCCCCAAUGGCAUUGAUAUAUCAAAUGCCGGUGACGUGCUCAUCGGUGAUUCGCACGGCAAUCGCUUCCACGUCGCCUGCUAUUCCCGCGAAGGCGCCCUUCAGUCCGAGUUCGAGUGUCCCCAUGUAAAGGUUUCCCGCUGCUGCGGACUAAAAAUCACAUCCGAGGGCUAUGUGGUUACGCUGGCAAAGAAUAAUCAUCAUGUUCUAGUCCUGAACACCCUCUAUGUUCACUGAUUGCAAAUCAAAGCGCGCAACAAUCGUCCAUCAGUCGAUAUGAACAAAUAUAACUACAAAUACUCGUCGGGCAAGAUAUACGGAUGUCGACGGCAGCAGCAAUCAACAAACACCAGCAAUAGCAACACCAUCUGCAACAGCAACAGCAACAGCAACAGCAACAGCAACAGUAAUAGCAAUAGCAAUAGCAACCUCAACAUAAAUAUCUUGGCAAGGAGUCAACACACCGUACACUGCAAUAACAACAGUCAACUGGACAAGAUAAGCAGGAUAAGUAGCAUGAGCAACAUUUGCCUCAUCGACAGCAACAGCAACAGCAACAUCAAUCAACAACCAUUGACUACAACAGCGUCAAUCAUCUAAUAGAACCGAGAAGCAAGAAUUAGAACAAACUAAGACAUUGACACCAUCAACAGAUGCAGAUAGCAGAUGCAACUAUACCAAAUGGGCAUAUAUGUAUGAAUCAAAAUGUAUAUGUAUAUAUAUGAGUGGGGAAUGCUAAUAGACUAAAUACGAAUGAUUAACUACGAAUACGUGAAAAUGAAAAGGUCGAGCUCCUAUUUUUUUUUCCCCGUUUAUCUGUAUAGUCCCCUAUCAACGUUCGAAUUCUUAAAGCUGAUCAAAUCUGCGGCUGCACAGACUCGCUCUAUAUAUAUGGAGUACAGCUGGAGGCAAAUGCAAUGCGUUGAAUGCGACUUGAAACACAUUUUGUUUAAUGCGAAACACGAGAAACGUUGCCGCUGCAACCGUAUGAAACACAUAAACAAACCAAUAACAGAUGAUAAACAAAAUGCAACAAAUACUAUUUUUGAUCUCUAAUUUAAAAACAAUUAGCGCUACUACUAAAAAAAAACAAAAACAAACAUCAACAAAUGUAACAAGGAAAAACAAAACAAAAUAUAAAUAUAACAACAAAAACGGUGGAAAAACAAGAAGAAUCGACAUGAAAACUUCGAAUAUUUUCAAAACGUUUAUAAAAACAAAAAACUCUUUUUAAAUUGUUUUUGAUUAUAUUCCUUUUUAAUUGAAUUUUUGUUCUUGUUAAAAUUGUCAUAACACACACACACACACACACGCCACACUCACACAAACACGACUACUUUACAUGUUACUUAUUAUCUAUAUAGACAUAUAUAUUGUUAUAUCGACCGAUUAGCUUUUUUGUGCAUACCCUUCCAGAAUCUUUUUCUAAAAAAACGAAAACAAGAAAAAAAAAAAAAAAACGAAACACGCAUAUAUAUAUCUACACCUAGUAUACAACAUCUAUGUAUAUCUAGCAAAAUGUGCAACUUUUGUGCACAGGUUUUUUGCUAACAAAUAAGGAAGUAAACAAUUUGUUGAGGGCGUCAUCAGAGGUCGCGUACAGGCAAUAAUUAUAGAAGAAGAUGAAAUCUAAGUAGUUUAUUUCGAUUUCAAACUGAAACCAAAACACUAAGAUACAAUUUCAGAAAAUAACAAAAACUGUUUAGGUUUUUCCUUACGCUGCUUAUAUAAGGUGAUAUCUAUUUAUAUAUAAAUCUAUAUGAGUAUAUGAAAACAAAACAAAACAAACUAUAUAUAUCUUAAACAUAUAUGUGAAAUCCUAUGACUAUAUGACUUUGCCAUAUAAUAUACAAAGCAGGACGAGAGAAGAGAGUAGGGAGUUAGGCAUAUAGGGAUAGCAAGGGACGGAGGAUGACGGAACGAAUGGAGGCAACACACAACACAACACACCACACGACAGAUAUGAUAUCCAGAGACCCAGAGAUCUAGAGAUUCAUAGAUCCAGAGAAUACAUUCGAUAUGUAUCAACUAAGUGCGUUCAUCACGAUAGAGAUCAUCCGACAUAAACUACAGACAAGAACUCAACAUACAAAUUAAUCUGUAAGCUAAAAAAAAAACAAACCAAACAAAACGAAUGCAGAUCGCAUUAGGCCAACAACUAUAAUAACUAAUACAUCAGAUUUGAUUGAACCUACAGAGAUGACAUACGCGUAUCUGUUAAGUUCUUAUAUACAUUGUUAAAGAAGCAAAACACACAAAAAGAAAAAAACAAAAACAAACGAUAUUCCUUUUGCUUAUAAACAAACAAAACAAAAAUGCAAUACACACGUGCGCAUUUAAGCGACAGAUGUGCACACAAACAAACACACACACACACGUACACCACAAAACAAAGCAAAAACAACACCCAAAAACACUCACGAUUUAUAUAGACGAUAUAUAGACAACCAUUUAAGAUGAUAUAUAUAUAUAUAUAUAUAAAUAAAUAAAUAUAUAUUUAUACAUAUGUAUAUAUAUAUAUAUAUAUAUAUAUGUUCGGAUACAUGCAACAUUUCUUUCCCGUUGUAAUACAAUAUAAGGCUGGUUUACUCCCAAGACAUUAUUAUUUAUCUAUAUACAAAAUAACAUUUUUUAAUUGUGUGAAUUUUAUCAUGUGAGAGGCGUUAGGUAGAACAAAAAAUGGCGAUUAAUUUAAACGAAGUUGGGCGAGAAAGCAAAGCGAAGCAAGCAACUUAUUUUUUAUAGGCUGUAACAACCACAUUUAUUAUAUACAUAUACAUCUAUGUGUACAUCUACAUUAAUAUGUGACACACACACACACACACACACACGCCCAUACACCCAUACUCAUCCACACACAUAAGGCAUAACAACGAAACGAAUCCUUUGUAUUGUGAACAUUAUGAUAUCCUGUUAUUUGUUAGUUGUGUUCGAAACUAUGCGAUUCCUUUUUUAAAUGUUUUAAACAGCAAAAAUCUUAUGUUAAUCCCAUCAUUGGCAUUUGUGUACCACAAUGCGGCGCGGAGCUAAAAACUGUUUUAAAUCUUGUCAUUUUUCUAAUUUUAAUUGCUAGUUUUAGUCUAGUUUAAACAACACGAGAGCAUUAAAGAGCGUGUUUGGUUUAUGUUAAAUGUUGAGUUGAGUUGAGUACUAAACAAAUGGACUGUGGUCGAUCGCGAAGGCCGCACCGUUUGCAUUAACCAUCAUUUACUAUUGUCAUUAUUAUUAAUUAUUAUUAAUUAUUAUUAUUAUUAUUAUUGUUUAGUUUUUACGUUGUUACAUUGUGAGGCUACACACAAUUCUGUUUACAUCAUUAUGAUGUAGUGUAAUCUAUAUGUAAUAACAACAAACUGCGAAAGCCAAUGUGAAACGCUUCUGUUUAUGUUAUACCACUGAAAUUAUGAUCAUUUUACUAUAUACAUUAUAUUUAAAACACUAUGUACCCCAAAGUUGUUGAUGGUAGACGAGACGAGGAUCUUACAAAUGCAAAAUGAUACUAAGCAAGAGCGAAAGAGAGAGAAAAAGAGCGAGAGAGAGAUAGAUAGAUAGAGCGAGAGAGAGAGAGAGGGUAAAAAAUGCAAUUUUUUAUGAAACAAUUUGGCUGUUGAAAUAUAUAAUUUUUAAUUUAAUUACGUUUUCGCAUUUCGUUUAUUACAACUUAGGCCCCAAAGCAAAUGUUAUAGAUUAUGAAUUGAAUUUACAGCGAAAUCGCCAGGAUUUCGGUUGAGCACCUUUCCUUAAACCACCUAAACUUUCCUUUCCAUUUUCGCAUAAAUACUUUAAAAUCUUGUCGCGCUGCAUUAACUACGGAAGUAUUAAGAUGAAACAUUUUGCUAAAGACAAUGGAAACACUCAAAUGCAAAGUAUACCAAAAGAAUUGUUUUUAAUAUCCUAAUCGUAUUUGUAUGUGUAUAUGUAUGUUUACCUUUACCUUUUUACUUGAUUGCGUUUAAAUUCGAUUUAAACUUCUUGUUUCCCAAUUGAUUGUCUUUUUGUCUUUGUCUUAGUCAGCAGAAUUUUCUGAAUUUCUGUGACCACCUAAUUAGGAAAACCAAACUCGAAAACUUUUAUAGAAAUAUACGAAACAACAAAUAACAAAUGAAAAACAAAAAUCCAAUAAAAAAAAUACCAUUUUACAUUUGUUUAUAGUUUUUAUGGAAAGCCCUCAAAAUGAAAUUGUAAUUCCACACGCUUUUAUUUUACAAACUUAAACGAUCACAACAUAAAGAGGUUACAUUUACUAUAUUAAUUUUGUGUUUUAUUUUUAUUUCCUCUCUCUUUGUUGAAAUCACAAAAUGGAAAAAGUCAAUUGUUGCUUUAACGAAAAUUAUGAAUUAUGAAUUAUAAUUUAAGUUUUAGGUUGGAUAAGCAAAUGAUAUUAAGUGAAAUUGUAUAUGAUUUUUAAAACAAACAAACAAACAAACAACUUUUCCACACGAAACACACAAAACGAAGAGGAAAACAACAAAUUUAUUUCCUAUGGCAUACAAAUUUUUAAAAUGAAAAAAAAAACCAAAUAAACAUAAAUGUGCUUAAGUUUAAAUCAAAUUUACAAUUUAGUUGAGAUUACGCAACUUAACGACGAUAACAUUUUACUAACUACGUAUAAACUAUAGGAUUUCUAGUGAAAAUAUAUACAUACAUAUAUAAUAUAUAUUUACACACCUGUAUAUAUUUGUAUUAUGUAUACAGUUAUGUACGAUUAGCGAAUGGCCCAGAAGGGGGGCGUGGCCAGGAGAGGGGCGGUACUACCACUAGUCAGCGACAAAUACUAAUUACUAAUUAAUUACUACCAAUUACCAAAACCCAAAUCGAAUUGAAUAGAAACGAAACCCAAGCCGAUGAAAUAGUAACUAGCAUUGGACGCAGAUUUGGACAUGUUGCCAUUUAACAUUUAACAAUUAACAAUUAACAAUUAACAUUUAACCACUAACACCGACUGACAAAUAUUGACCAAGGCCGCCCUCCCACCCCCUUCUCCGCCUACCCCCGCCACCCACUGCGCUCUAGUUUUCAAUGCCGAAAGCUGCAUAAAAAGCAAUAAAAAAACACAAACGAAAGUGAGGAAUGAGAAUUUUCUUAGUUGCCUACGCUGCAAAUUGUGACAAAGUGAAAGCUUUCCACCUCAACUCUAUACAUCAAUAGUUUAUCAACAUUUGUAUACAAAUAUUACGAGUAAUAUAUACAUUAAUUUUCGAUUCGUAUUCCCCGUACUUUAUGGUUUUUACUUCACUCUAUUGUAACUCAGCGAACUCAGUAAAACGAAAGUAAAACCUGAAUAUAACUUAUUAAUUAGAAAGUAUCCAAAUUUACACAGACAACUGAACACCACACAUGUUUCUCAAUCACUCGAUAUACUUGUAGUUAUGUUUAUUACCAAUCGACACACGCAUAUUAUUAUGAUUAUUAUUAUAAUUAUGAUUAUGAACUCUAUAUAUAUAUACAUAUAUAUAUAUAUAUAUAUACAUAUAUUGUCGAUAAUUGGCGAGAUCAAAUCGAGAAAUCAAGCGAAUGAAGGACGAACCUUUUGAUAAAGAUGCUGCCAAAGAUUUUUUAUACAAUGUGUAUGUGGAAAAUUCGAAGAGCGGAGAACCAUUUAGAUUUAUUACGAAAGUGUAGCCUAUUGAAUAUAUUGUCCACCUUAUUUUUACGAUAAUUAUUUGAUUAGUUCGGUCAAGUGUAUUAAUUUUGUUACUCUUUUUUUUUUUGUGGUCAAAAUAAAUGAAACGAAAUGCAAACAAAAGCGAGAUAUUUUUGAGACUUUUGCUCAAAAGCCAAGCCAGUAAAUGUAAAACCAAAAUGUACUUGCUAAGGAUUCAAGAUUCACGAUAACCGAUAAACAUUUAACGAUUAUGUAUAUCGAAGUAUUUGAAGCUGGAUUUGUUGGCUAAUUUUGUUCCUCGAUGCGACGCUUAAAACAAAAACACACACUUUCGUGCGGAUGUAAGACAUAAACCACUAGACAUACAUAUACGAUAUACAUACAUAUUGAUCGGGCAGAUAUAUAGAUUCGAUUCGAUAUGUCUACAAUCAAAUGAGUCAUGGUCACGAUGGCUUAGCUAAGUACACACUAAACACCACACACAACACACCGAGUACACAACGCCUCCUGCUCCACCACCCACUCCACCACGCCAUCAGUCACCACCCACUGGCACCUUCAAACACCUCCAAACACCUUCAAACACCCCACCCCCGCCCCUCAUGAUUUGCCCAGUUAAGUAACUCGUUAUUCGACUUGUAUCAUACUUGCAUUUAGUUCAAUUCCGAGACAAGAGCCACAAGUAACUAACAUAAAUCGAUGGUAAUGAAAGCAUGAAAUGAAAAAUAAAAAACAACAAACAAAACCACAAGAGGAAAAAAAAAACAACCCAAACAAACGCUUUAUACAUCAAAUUAUUUUAAUAUAAAUGUAUAACAAGACAUAUAUCUAUAUAUACAUAUACAAGCAGACAUAUACAAAACCAACAACAAAUAUAUUACGUAUUUUAGUUAAAGCGAAGUACAUUUUUUAAGGAACUAAUUCAAAUAAAUGAAACUCAACCUAUAUAGACAGUCCCCAAUUCAAAAGGCGGAGACGUUCGAUGAAAAAAAAAAAACAAAACAAAACAAAUUUACUAAAUUAUUUAUACAUGCGUACAUAUACUUACAUAUAUGUAAAACAAUAAUUGAUAGAAACAAAGAGGAAAACAAAAAAAAUGAACAACAGAAAUACAAUCUAGUGUACGUCAAUUUUUUGAUGAUAUUUUUCGCCUUAUUAUAGAGAAACAAAACGGGAACGAUGGGAAACCGAAAUUCGAGGUAAAGAGUUAAUUGAAACCGAGUGAAGUUAUGUAAUUCGGCUUCCACUAGGUCAAAACCAAAACCAAAAAAAAAAAAAAACUAAAAACAACACUUUUUAAAUGAAAGCAGAAGAAUUUUUUGGGAUUUAUUUGCGAGCGUAGAACGGAGAUCACAUGUCAAGUUGAUAGGAAAUAACAAAAAAAUGGAAACACUAAACGACAAGCAAUCAAUUACCAAAAAAACAAAACAAAAAAGAAUUAUAUAUUAUACGGAUAAAUCAUAAAUAACAUUAAGCGAUGGAAACUGAACGAAAACCAACAGCAACCACAACCAAUAUGUAAUCAAAAGCAAGUUUACAAUACACACAACAACUAAAACUAAAAACAAAACACUAAAAACCAAACAUUAUCAACAAUUAAAAACAACAGAAUAAUAUUGAAGAGAAAAACCUACAAAGUCGAAACUAAAAGCAAGCAAAUCAAUUAAACACUUUUAAAAAUCGAUCUAGCCAUUCGACAAGUAAAACAUUUUACCUAAUACUAUUAAAACCACUAAACAAAAAAAACUAAACAACUAUUUGAUGAUUUGCCGGCUAUGAAGAGAGAAGAGCAAACAAGUUCCUCAAUUUUAUGAUUUAUGUAUUUAAACAAUUUUAUUUUACGCUUUAGUUACUAUAGUUUCACUUUAGCAUCGUAGCAUUUUUGUGUAAUAACUUAACACUCACGAAACAAUUGUUGAUAAUAUUGAGUUGUGUUCAGCUUAUGUGAAUUAUGUGAACGAUAUAUUAAUAUGUAGGUAAAUUUAAAAUAUAGAGAAAACCAGGGAUUGAAAAGUAAUUAAGUGUGGAAAUCUGGAAAUUUGUACGCCCCCUUAUUACUUUGUAAAACCUCCAGAAAUAAAAACGAGCCAAAAAGAAUUUAUGAAACAAUAUACUGAACAUUAAACACUUGAUUUUUCUUUUAACCUUUAAGCAUUUAUAUCUUCUGCCUAACAAAAAAAAAAAAACUCUCUGUUCAGAUAUUGCAUUUAAGUCAUCGACCAUUUAAUGCUUUUCGCUUGAUCUUAAUGUUUAGAAAAUAUGUAGAUUCCCAAACAAAAAGAAAAAAAAAUGUCAAAAAACCCAAAGAGAGGCUAACAAUGUAAAAAAAAAAAAACUCCCUGGUCGAGUUGUUGUGUUAAAUUUGCGUACAUAUCACUGGGAAUUAUUUACACUAUGCUACCAAAAAAAAACCAAAAACAAACGAACGAACGAAAAAACAAACACAAGAAACCAAAAACAAAAUGAGAAAUGUGAAUUUUUUGGCAUAAUGUUUACACACUGUGCCGAUAUUUAUACACCAUAAUGGGGAUUGGUUUUUCGAUUUCGGUUUUACACAACACCAAUAUGGUUUUCUUCGAUCGUUUGUUGCUCACCAUUUUUUUUUUGUUUUUUUUUUGUCAGUGUAUGUUUGGUGCGUGCAAUUGGGAGUGUAGUGUUUUUGAAUAUAUUAUAACUAAGCGCAUAUGUCUUAUAGUGGAAACAUCACACAGAAACUAAAACUAUAGUGCCAUGAUUCAUGAUAGACAAAUGAAAAACGAUAUAAGGAUAAUGAAUGAUGAAUUGUUUAUUGAUGUGCUGUAACAUUUAGUGAGUCCUUUUUUGACAACCAAACCAAACAAAACCAAAUAGUGGAUACAAAAAUUAUAUACAUGCAUAUUUACUAGUUUAUAGCGAACCAAAAGCAAAACCAAAACCAAAAUCAAGUUAGUAACAACAAAUUGCAAUACGAAUACGAAUAAAAGCUUUUCGUGUUUUGGGCCAGAUGGAAGCUAGGAUCGGAAAACUUGAUCGGGAUAUGAGAUGGAGCUAAGCGGCAGGAUACCAUAUGAAAACAGAAGCAAUUAGAAAGCUUUUAUUUUUCUAGAAUUUUAAAACCAAACAAGAAAACCAAAAGCCUAACAGCUAGGAAAACCAUAAAACUAAAGCUAAUGAACAUGAAAAACCAACUUCCUAAUUUCUCUCAGCGCAAACGAAACCAAACAAACUUAAAUUAACAAACUAACACUAACUAGUAGCGAACAAACAAAAUGGCAUUGUGGGUGUAUACCGAUAUAUCCGUUAUAUCCGAUAUAUCCGAUAUGAGUACUAGUCUUAGAACCAUAGAGCAAUAAAAAACAUAGCAAGUAAUGCCGAUUCAAAAUAAAUUGUCUCUGGGGUUGUUCAAAAAAAAAAAAGAAGAAAAAUAGUAUGAAUGCGUUCAACAAACCGAUGAGAAAUGCAAAUGAAACCAACAUUUUUAUGUGUAGCGAAUAUUAUGGAAAACAAAAUUUACACAAUUAACAGUAAACAACACAAUUAUACAUAGCUCGAUAAUAAUGACAAAUUAUAUAUAUAUACAUGUAUAUUCGAAUUAAGAUAUGACCAAAAAAAAAAAAACCAAUAGAAACCGAAAACUUUUCCGCGCCUUGGCAAAUUUUUAAGUAACAUAUAUAUACAUAUAUAUAUAUAUAUAUAUACAUAUAUAUAUUAGUGUAUAGAUACCAAUUUAGUGGGCAGGAGUAUCCAGAUCGGAGCGAGCUACACUGCAAGAAACUUUGCCACACCACUAAGACAGAGAAACCAGACAACGAUGUUAGGUAAACCCAAAGAACGAGGUGUGCUAGCAAAACCCAAUCCAAAAAAAGCAAAUACGCAUAGAUAUUAUCCAGUCCGCAUAGAGAACAAAUAAUCGACAUUUUUAAGCAAACGUAAUGCAAAACCCAAUAAACUUAAACGAACAAAUUCCCUGUGUUGUCAAAUGGCUUUAAACAAAAAUGCGAUUGCAAAUGCGAAUGAAUAAUGCGAAUAAACAAUGUAAAAUGAAUAGUGGAAAACCCAAAAACCCAGAUACGAUUUGUAAACCAUAAGCAGAUAUUUUGUAAGCUAAGCAAAGUGUAGAGGAAAACAUUUUUGGGGUCGAGUGCAGGAACACAACAAUAUUUUUGGGCACCAAAUAUACAGUCAACUUAUUGUAUUGCAUUACGAUUACGAAUACGAUAACGAUAACGAUAUUUAUACAUAUACUACCUAUAUAGGACUACGACUACGUAUGACGAUGAAAAUCAAUUGAUGAAUCGAUGAAAAGUAUGAAAUAUAUGAAAUAUGAUAAAUGAUAAAUGAAAAACACGAUUUUCCAGCAGUUCGCCAACGACGAGUGCGACAAUGGAAACCCAAAACUUACAAACAUAUUACCAUUAGAAUGUUUUAUGAAUUAUAUACACCUUAUAUACAUGACAUAUACAUGACAUAUACAUGUGUAAAUUAGCCUAAACGAUAAGAUGUUGAAUGAAUUUUAUGUGAGUUAUUUUUGAUGUUGUAUAGUUAAAAACGAAAGCAUAACAAACCAAAACAAUCUCCCUUUAAGCAACCAAAGCGAUAACAAAUUACAAUUGUUGGGCAUUUUAAUGAAACUAAAAAACAUACAGAGUGCAAUACAAUAAAAAACAAAAACGAUAAAAAACAUUAAAAAAAAUAAUAAAAAAGUAAGAAAAGAGCAAACUUAAGGCACAGCAAACAUUUUUUUUCGAGCGGUUCGAAGCGAUAUAUAUAUAUAUAUAUAUAUAUAUAUAUGUUUACUCAAAAUACUACUCGUAUUCAACAAGAAUUUUUGAAUUUUCUUUGAGAAUCGACGACCGACAAAACAAACAGAAAACUAAAAAAAGCUGCCUCAGAAGUAAAAAUUGAAUUAACUCAAAAAUUUACUAAGCGAUUAUAUAUACACAUAUAUAUUUCAUAUGGACAGUGGGCGCUAAAAAAGUAGCCACUGUUUAUAUAUUGCAACUCGAACAAAUGGAAUUUUACCAAGAACGCAAACCGGAAACGGAAAUGAAAUGCCGUUUCAAGCGAAAGCGAAAGCUAAUGCGAAACUAAAGACAACACCAAAACACACAAAUGAUUUAAACAAAUUUACAAAAAAAACAAAAAAACUUGUGUAUUUGUAUUCUCGUUUCUUUUGUAGGGCAGCAUUUAGUUUGUAGCACAAGGGUUAAGGGCAAACACCAAUAAUGAUUAAUGCGAUUUAAUUAAACAAAAAAAAAAAUGUGUGAAGUUUUGAAAACAAAGCAUAUGACAAGCGCAUAUGAAAAUGUUCCUCUAGAACCAAGCUAAUCGAAAUUGUUUCAUCUAUCCACAUCUGACCGACCCUUGUGACCUUUUCAAUAUCGAAUCUGAUUUGUGGCUAGGCAAACUUUACACAUUUAAUAAUAUAUACACAUAUACAUACAUAUAUAGUAUUUAGCGAAAAGGGAAGGCGCAGAUUUAAACUAUUUACAUACUUAUAACUAUGUGAACUACAGAAACCAACUUAUACCAUUUUUGCUGACUGUACUCCUUAGGCUUUUUACACCUUUUACCAUUUUACUCGCAAACGGCAGACUAUUUAACGAACGAUAAGUAAAACUCUUGCAUGCCACACACUCAAACUCAAAACUCAAAACUCCAACUCAAAACUAAAACUCCAACUCGAACACAACUCAGAUAUACAUAUGUACAUACUUAUAUGUAUAUUCGUAUAUGGUAGACAUGAUAUAGAUUCUGUGGCAGCACCCUAUAUACACAUAAAGUACAUAAAUCUGAGUAUGAUGCCUCAAGAAUAAGUUUGAAUUGUUCGGAGCAGGUGACUCCUGAACUCCUAUAUAGAACCCCAAUAGUCCAUCAAUCCCUCGGAUAGAACCCAGCCCCCUCCCGCCUGUGAUAGUCUUGAAUCGAUGAUAUAUAUAUAUAUAUAUACAUAUAUAUAUAUAUGCAACUAAUUUGUUUAAUUUUUGGAAACCCCUAUUUCUCACAACUAGUUUCGAUGCGCGCGUGUGUGUGUUUUGCUUUGAUAUGCUUUACAUAUAUGUACGUAUUGAAUUAUUUAUAAAAUAUACAACUUAGCGUUUACAAAUAUUAUACAAAUUUUGAGAAGUAAACGAGGAUAGUAAAACAAAUAUUGACAAUAUUCAUUUGUUGAGCCGUACACCCCAAAAACCUUAGACAUAUCUUUAUGUUGCUGUCAAUUUCGUUGUUUAGGCGCUUUUUUCAACAUUAGUCAAAAGGCAAAGUUUGCAGUUUGAGCAAUUUUUUGCGAUAGUUAAAAACUAAAUACGAAAAUUGCUAGAAAUUCAAGCAAACCCCCCCCCCCCCCACAAAAAAAAACCAACGACAUAUCCUUCUUUUUUGUUUAAUUAAUUGACAGAAUAGUUGAAAUUUAAGCGAGAAGUGCUUGUGACCCCAAUUCCUGCGUUUGGUGACCCCGAUUUCCCAGCAGCAAUGGAAUAACGAACACACACAUGCCUACACUGAGCGAACUUUUGAACCAAUUAUACAAUAAAGCAUUAUAAGAACAAAGAUAGCAUUCUAAAUGGUAACAGUACCUUUAACGAAACUCAUACGAUAGAUAACUCUGAAGUAUUUGAUUUGGAUUUGGAUUCUGAUUUCGAUUUCGAUUCGAAUUACGAUUCAAUCUGCCAGCAGCAAUCUUCAUCGAAUAUCAAUUUUCGAGCUGACAAUAUUUUAUUGAAUAUUGUGCCAUAAAGCGAAUGAACUAUAUUCAAUUGAAUUUUUUAGCAUUCAGCUAGCUAUCCAUCCCCCCAAAAUGAGAAAUCUUGAUUUUGUAAUUUUUUUGCAAAAAUGGUUUCAUUUAACAAUUAUAUCUACACACCAUUUUACGACAAAAAGUAUCUACAGAUAUUUUUGUAUAUUUAACAAGAACGUGAGAAACUUCAAGAUCCCCAAAAAAUGAAAUUUGGUCCGAAUUUUUUCAGGCAGCAUGACAAAUGAAUCGUAUUAUCAAGGAACGACAUAUAUAUAAAUGAUAUAUGUAUAUAUAUAUACAUAAAUAGUGCGUGUAAUAACUAGAAUCACAUAAUUCCAUCCACUUUUGAUAUUUUAACAAACGAUAAAGAAAAAAACAAAAAGAACAAAAAAACAAGAAAAAAAUAUUUAUUAACUUGAUGAAGCAUCUUAAGUGUUUGAAUGUUGUCUUAUAAAAACUAAUACAAACAAAUUAUAUAUGAAAAUAUAUUAUAGUAUAUAUGGAUAUGUAAGUUAAGGGCGUGUCAUUCCUAAAACAACAACAAACAGCAAGAACAACAAGAAAAACAAAACCGAAAAACACAAUAAAUAAGAAGCGUAUUUAAGCAGAUUGUGGGUAGAACAAACAUUUGUUUCGUUGUGCUUUUUACACGAAAAUGUUGAAAGUCCUUUCCCAAGGGUUCGUUCAAACGAGUUCGAGUUUUCGAGUUUUCGAAGGCCUGGUACAAAAGUUUCUAAACAUAGGUCUAAACCUCCUAAGGCACAGGCACUUUAGCACCCUCCAAACGAAGGACGAAGGACGAAGGGGCGGUAGAUGAGGGUCCUUCGGCCAGCUUCAAACACACACACACUUACACCCACUCACUUGGAUAUUUAUAUAUAUAUACAUACGUAUGACUAUAUAAUAUAGUGGCACCAAGAAAUAUGUAAUGUCUUAUUGUAGAAAACGGUUAUUGAUAUUUACACAUCAAGAUAAGAAAAAUGGAAGGAAGCGCGUAAAACAAAAAAGAAAAAACAUAUAUAUACAUAUAUAUACAUAUAUAUACAUAUAUAUAUAUAUAUAUGUGUAUGUAUACUUAACUAUAUAAGAAUGCUUUAAAUUAUACUCAGAACAAAAUAUAUACAAUAUACACUUAUAUAUAUUUACGAGAAUACGAGAAACCAGAAAUCAGUUAGGAACCUUUUUCUAGAAUGUUAUGUCUUCCCUUUGAAUCAAUUAAGCUAAACAACAAAAAACAACAAAAUGAUAGAAACAAUUGAUCGAAACCGCUUGACCAAAAACUAUAGUAAAAAACCAAAAGCAAUUGAGAGGUAAAUCAAAGCUUCGAUGGAAAAAUGAAAAUGAAAAUGAAAAUAAGAACGGAAAAUCUAAGAGUUAACUUUAGCACUGCAGCAGCCAAAAGCAAAAAAAAAAGAAGAACCUAAGAACCUAAUAACAUUGACAAACUACAAUAAGAUUGAACUCGAAUCUAAGCUAAAUAGCAUUAACAAAACACAAAUUCAACUCACGCAGAACAACCUGUUUCAUCCAGCCACAAAUUUACCUAAACUUACUAAACUUGGCAACUGCAACUGAAACUAAAUACAACAACCUAUGGUACUUAUUGACCCAAAACUUAUCCUAUAGUUUGCAGCAAACUCAACUCGAACUACCAACUACCAACUACAAACUACAAACUCAACUCAACUCAACUGAACUCAAGACAUUAUCUAAUAAGAAUCGAACCGUAUCUGGGUUCCCAUUAUCAUCUGUUGAUCGUUUUUUUAGUUUUCAGUUUUGACACGAACGAAAGCGUAAUUAUAUUUAUAGUUCGAAUUAUUAUAUCCUAACUAAUGACGUAAAUAAAUUUGACAAAUUAUAUAUACACACGCACAUAUGCCUAUAUAUGUAUACAUACAUACCUUUAAAGAGUAUAACAACAAGAACAAGAACAUGAACAUGAAAUUGCAAAUGAAAAUGAGGAAAAUCGCAGACUACUCAGUGCAACAGAUAAGACUAGAAAUUGAUUACCUGAACCUUGAGAACAAACGUUUGAGUUUUUAUUCUUAAUUUAACAAAGAAAAUCGAUGGAAGCGAAACCAUUACAAUUACAAUUACAAUUACAAUUACAAUUAAAAUUACACAAGCAAUAACAAUUGACAGAAUCGAGAUACUACUUUAAUCAGCAAUAAAAUUGAAGAAGUCAGUCAACACACAUACAUAUACUCGUACACACACACACACACACACACAUCUAGAGAAUCCUUGCCAGAAAUCCAGAAAGUAUAAAGCCCAUACUUCCAAUCUUCUCCUUUACAUUCAGCGAAUAGUUCAGUUCAGAACUAUGGAGAAUUAUGUCGGUUUCCAAAUAGUUUUGAAACAUUUUUUAUUAGCUCGAACACGAUUUUCGAAAAUCAGCACAACUAUAUGGCGUCCUAGAAUCUAAAGUCAAAUUCUUUGAAUAUUAUUUUUAAGUGGGAUUUUUGUGUAUUCAACCAUUAGGAAAGCUUUUGAAAUAUUCUAUACUGGGAUUGAUUGAUUUUCUCGAGUGUAGCACCCGUAGAGCCUUUUUUGUUUUUUCUUUGGCUUUAAUGGACCUUUUAUCCUGGUCAACUUGCUUCCCCUCCAACUUCUUUACAUGGUUGUGAACGAAAAAAAAAAAAAAAAUGGGCUAACAAAUUAGACCAAUUCCUCAAUUCUUCAUUUCGAUCUCAGCCAACUCGGUCGCACUUUUGAACCAUCUGAACACUCUGAGAAAAUAGGAAUAACAAUUGUUAGCAAAUUCGAUUCGUGUGCCCUCCUUUAAUGUCUUGUACUUGUAACCAAUGAUCAUAAUUAUACACAUAUAUCGACUAUAUUUACAAAUCAACAAUAACCGAAACCAAUUGUAUUGUAGUGCUAAAAACGGAUGUAGGAAUGCGAAACAAUUUUCCAGAACGCUGGAUAUGUCUUAGAUACUUUUGCUCAUUGGAUUCCAGAUGCGUUAGUGUAGCGGAAACCAACAUAUUUAAACAUAAAUAUAGCUAAUUGUGUGUAUUUACAUAUUAAAGUUUACAACAGCCAGCGGCAGUGGAUGAAAGUUACGAUGUCCUGUAGAAUUUUUGAAAGCGUUUUCGUAUUCAAACCAAAAAAAAACACAAAUUAUGGCCUAAAUAUGAAACUAGAACAAAAUAUAUACCUAUAUGUAUACAUAUGAAUUGUACUUCAAAUUAUGUCUAAAGCAAGCAACAACAACAACAACAACAACAAUUACAAGUGUCUGUAUUUUUUUUAAGCAAAACCAAAAACAAAAUAUAAAAAAAAAAAACGAAAAAAAACCCAUUGCAAUCAGGUACUGAAAUCAAAAUUUUUGUAAAUUAUAUAAAACAAAAGCAAGGAAUGGUUUUCGUCAAAAGGGAUAGAGAAACAAACUAGAACAACCGAAGAUAUUAUGAUAAAUGGUUUAUAGGAACUAGCGUUCAAUCGGCGAGUGAAGAGAAUAUUUGUAUUCGAUCCUUAUUCGUUAAUUCGAACAUUUCUGUAGCAUACUUAGCAGGGCAAAGAAAUCGCCGCGUCCUUGGGCCAAAAAAAUCCCGACACAAGGAACAGAAACAAAGGCAAGGAAAAUAAAUGAAAUGAUGAAAUCGAAAGAAUAUAAGGAAAUGAAACACUCAUAUUUAAAUACGUACAGCUAUAUACUAUUACUAGUUGUAACUUUAUGUCACUAAGUAGAUGCGAAAUCGGGGGAGAUGAAAAAUUGUCCAGACGUUCAACGAAACCAAAUGCAAUAUUUAAUUAUACAACAAAACUAACAUAGAACAAACAAGCGAGUAUAUGAAUAUAUAUAUAUUUUACAAUUGAUUUAUAUAACAUAUAAGUAAAUGCCACAUCAUUUUUCGUGUAAAGCCUAUUGAAUUGUUUGUUAAACAUUUUUUGAAACAUUUUCUUUACGAGAAAACUAAGAAUGGGCAGAAAAAAAAACCAUAAAAAAGCGAAAAAAAAAAAAUCACAGCUCACACAAAGUUACGCCAAAAGAAAAGAAAACCAGAACAAAAAAAAUUUAUAUACAUUUAUCGAAGGAAAAAUAUAUACAACAAAUAUAAAUUUUAGUGAUUAAUAUAAGCAAAGAACCAAAAUGAAAUAUUCAUUUUUCAAAACGCAAAUAACUCAAGUGUGGAGAAAAUGACAGCAAACAACACUACGAAAAUAGCCUUACCAUGUUUUCCAAACAAAAAAAACAAAAAAAAACUCGAUAACUUUUACAUUUUGCGUUUCAUUUUUUCCCAUUUCAUUUUAAUGUUCCAUCAUUCCAAAACGAAAUUGACGAGUAACGAAAAUAUUUUUACAAAACAUUAAAGAAAAGUUAGAAAACCGAAUAAAUAAUGAAAAACUAAACCUAAAAUGCAUAACGCUUCCGACAAUAAGCUUUGGCCACACUAUUGUAAUAAUAAUAUUGAAAAAAAAUGAAACCAAAACGGUUGAAAAUGAAUAUGGAAAAUCGAAGAUGAAAUGCAGUUUCAAAAAUGAUGUUUUUGCACUUACGAACGAAUACGGAAUUACAACGCCCAAUGAACAAAUUAAAGUAAAAAUAUAAAUAUUUGCCCAAUUUAGUCAACAGACAUACAUAUAGAUAACAAAAAAAAAAUUAACUAUGUACUUAUGUAGUAGCCUGGUUCUACUGUAUAUUUUUAUUAAAUGAAGUUGUAUUGCAGAAUCAGCAAAGCAAAUGUAUUUUCAUGACACGCAUUUGAAGCGAACAUAUCAAAACCGAAUACCGCAUACGAGAAUACGGAAAAUACGAAAUUAUCUAUAAAUUACCGAUACCGAUUACCGAUUACCGAUUACCAAUUAACGAUUACCAACUACCGAUUGGAUGUUAUCAGUGAGCGUAAAACCGUUGAACGUUUAGCCCCAAAAGCAAAGAAUUUCGAAAAUAACUAUAAAUUUUGGAAGCUGACAGAUAAACUAUGUACCGGCAGGUGUCUUGCAAAAUAUUCGCGAAUGAAAAUAACAUAAAUUAUAAAAAAUAACAAAUAAAAAAGAAAACUCGAGUUCUUAAGCUGUUUCAUCAUUUAUUAUUGACAAAUAUUUACAAGCGCAUUUAGGACGCGAAGUAUGUGAAGUAUAAUAUGCAAUUGAAACCAUAAUACCGCAAAAAGAUCUAACAAUUAUAACAAAUCAAAUGCGAGAUGAAUACGAAAAAUACAAAACAAAAAAAAAAAGAAAUCACACAAAACUGAAUCUAAAUUAAGCAUGAAUAUUUUUUGCUGUGUCUUAGUCCAUGUGUCGUAACGAAUUUAUUGAACUAAAUAUUAUACAUUAUUAAAAUUAAAGAAAAAACCAAAAACACAAAAAACCUAAACAAAAAAAUAUCUUAACAUUUUUUGUUUUAAACGAAUAGAAGGCAGGCAAUGAAAGAAAAUCUCUACAAAAUUAAGCACAAAUUUUUUCAGAAAAAAAAACCAACAAAAAAUUGAAAAAUACUAAGAAAUUGCCUUUUACUUAUAUUUUUUUUUUCUACUAUAACAAAUUGAAUUAUUAAUAAUAUACAACACACGCUGAAUUCAUUAAAGCAUACAAGCGCGCCUAAAAACAUCUGUGACUAAUGAAAAAAAAAAAAACAAAAAACAAAACAUAUAUAAUUGAAAAUCACGAGAAAUCACUGCAAUCGAAAAUGAAAAUGAAAAACUCCAAUAAAAUAAUCGUAAAAUGCGGGAGGUACAAGAAAUUGUUGAGCAACAUAUGGCAAAUACAUAUACUAGCUACAGUUUAACUAAUUAUUGAUAAUGGUACAUACAUUCUACAUAUGUACAGCCGACACUCACACUCACACACCCACACCCACACCCACACACAGACACAUAUACAUACAUAUACAGAUAUACCAGUACAUGCAAAACUUAGUUGUAUUUGUAUGUGGGAUCAUACUUGAGUAGAGAUUAGAAACCAAAAACCGACAAUUUAUACAUUAGUAUUUAUGCAACAAGCUACUUUUACUUACACGCCAAUGUGUGUGGUAUAUAGUACGAUAUAUAUGUAAAUAUAUAUUAUAUAUAUAUACAUAUAUAUUUAUAUAUACAAAAAAUAUAUAGGAGACAUUUGACGACCGUAAGCCCGAACACAGCAAUUUACUUAUAUAACAAACCAAAACAAACCAAGUUUCUUUAAAAACUAAAAAACCAAGAAACCAAAACAAACCAAUCCCGAAAAUGCAAAAGUUUUGGUACGAAAAACGAAGAACAAUUAUGUAAUCGCGGCAAAAGUUGAUGGCGAAGACCCCAUGAAAUACAAUAUAUAUACACUUAUUUAAAAUAUUUAACAAAAAAAAAAAAAAACAAAAACAAACGAUUUAUAUAUAUACAUACCACUAAAUAGUUUAAAUGUUUAUUUAUUGUAUUUAAAGAAGAUGAACGAUAAUGAAACCAAAUUUAAAUAAAACUAAUAACUCAAAAAACC